CGCACGAGCUCGCGAGUGAGAGUGAGAUAGAGAGAGAGAGAGAGAGAGAGAGAGACAGAGGAGAUUCCCAGAAAUGCUGAGAAGAAAACCAACGAAAAUCGAAGUCAAGAUCGAAGACAAAGACGAACUCGAAGAAGCUCGCAAACGCGCUGUCUCCUCCGUCACUACCACCACGUCCACCGCAGCCAACACCUCCACCACCACCUCCGCUCUCCUCCAUCACUUCGAUCGUAACAAAGACCCCUCUUCCAAAUCCCACCGAAUCGGCAUCUCUCCCUGAUCUCCAAAUCUCAUGGAGGUCGAAGUCAAGCUUCGGCUCCCAGACGCCGCCGCCCAUCGCCGCGUCAACGACCUCCUGUCUCCCUUCCGCGUCGCCACUUUCCGGCAAGAGAAUCUCUUCUUUGACGGGGCCGCCGCUGAGCUCUCGUCGCGCCGAGCCGUCCUCCGCCUGAGGUUCUACGACGACGACACCCGUUGCGUCGUGUCGCUCAAGGCCAGGGCGGUUCUCGUCGACGGCAUCAGCCGGGUCGAGGAGGACGAGGAGGAGCUGGAGCCGGCGGUGGGGCGUGCCUGCGUUGCCGAGCCGGAGAAGCUUCUGGCGGCGGAGUGUAGGAUCUUGAAGAGGGUGAAGGAUGAAUUUGGGGUUUCGGGGUUUGUUGGGCUUGGAGGGUUUGGGAAUGUGAGGGAUGUGUAUGAGUGGAAAGGAUUGAAAUUGGAGGUCGAUGAGACUCGGUAUGGGUUCGGGACUUGCUAUGAGAUUGAAUGCGAGAGUGCUGACCCUGAAGGAGUCAAGAAGGUGCUCGAGGAGUUUUUGAAGGAGAAUGGGAUUGAAUAUUCUUACUCAGAGGCCUCCAAGUUUGCGGUUUUUCGAUCCGGAAAGCUGCCUUAGUGCGUGAAUUAAUUUAAUUUUCCAUAAAAGAUAUGUUUUUAGAUGUUUAUUUGCUUAUUGAGAGCAUUUUCUAAGUGAUUUUGCCCAAGAUUUUAAUUAAUCUUGGAAUGAGUUUGUAAGAAUUUUUUAUUUUGAAAUUGGAUGCAGUAUUUUGUUUGAUGAAAA